AAGCAGAGUAUGCUAAUUUCCGAUUUCUUGUGGAAAAAGAAUACGCAAGAAAGCUGAUUAAAGAGAGAAACCAAAAUCAAGAGAGAGAAACACAACAAUCUUACUUCAAUGGAUCCCAAAAACACCAGCUCUCUACUCGUCGACGACAUUCAGCGAACUCAGUAUCCUUAUGUGACUGGGACAUCAGUUAUCGGAAUCAAGUAUAAGGAUGGAAUUCUCAUUGCUGCUGAUAUGGGAGGUUCCUAUGGAUCCACAUUGCGUUACAAGAGUGUGGAGAGAUUGAAAGGUAUUGGGAAGCACUCGCUUCUUGGUGCCAGUGGAGAAAUAAGUGACUUUCAGGAGCUUCUGCAUUACCUUGAUGAUCUCAUUCUGUAUGACAACAUGUGGGAUGAUGGAAACUCCCUUGGACCUAAAGAGGUGCACAACUACCUGACUCGUGUUAUGUAUAAUAGGCGUAACAAGUUUAAUCCACUUUGGAACUCUCUUGUCCUUGGUGGAGUUAAGAAUGGACAGAAGUACCUUGGAACGGUCAAUAUGAUUGGUGUACACUAUCAAGACAAUCAUGUCGCCACUGGAUUUGGUAAUCACCUUGCGGUGCCAAUUCUGCGAGAUGAAUGGAAGGAGGACUUGAGUUUUGAAGAUGGUGUUAGGCUACUGGAGAAGUGCAUGCGCGUCCUACUAUACCGUGAUCGAUCUGCAGUCAACAAGCUUCAGAUUGCAAAGAUCACCGAAGAAGGUGGUGUGACAAUCUCUCCACCUUACUCAUUGAAGACAUAUUGGGAAUACGCUGCAUUCAAGAAUCCCACUGCUGGUGCUGAGGGCUCAUGGUAGAUGAUUUGCCUUGUAGUGGUUAAAAGUUGGGAGUGCAAUGAAAUAUGACUUUGAGGCUUUUGUUUGUAAUAUCAGCUUCAUUCACUUUUAAACUGUACUUGAGAACUAGAAUGUUUUCAUGGUUAGCCCCCUGUGCAAACCCUAUCAAGAAAUAUUGUUGUUAGUUAUUGCAGUAACAUUAUUAUUUGCUCA